AUCUUUAGUUAAAUAUAGAAGUGACUCUCCAUGACAGUAAGGAGUCCAGGACAACAAUGAAGUCUCUCCGAUUCAUUAGCGCUGAAGCAUUCGUGUCAAAUGCCGAGUUUGCCAGGAAGAGUCUUGGGGCUGUUACUCAUGAUCUUUUUCCGCUUCUUUUCAAAGCUAGCUAUUUACUGGACCAAGGGGAAGUGAUUCACGACUUGGUAGAGAACUGGCCACUUUUUGAUUUUAACAUUGGAAAACUUUUGGGAGCUACUCUGGACUAUGAGGAAGACCUAAGCCAUAGAACAUGCUCAGUGUGCUUGGAAAGCUGUCUGACAGGGCUGAGAGACUAUGUGCUGAAUCAGUCUUCUCCCUACGUGAAAAAGUUGAAAGUGGUCGACCUGACGGGUAUAAAAGAUGUUGAAGUUCAAUUUUGUAAGUGCAAGAAGACAAUGGGCAGGUGGGCCAGGACACAGCUGCUCUCUAAGCUUUGUUCAGACCUCCUGGUUUACCUGCAACAAGCACAGUGCAGUCCAGGUACCUUUGAAGUCAGUAUCAAUGUACUAAUUGACUUGUUUGUUACAGAGCAGAACUAUGAGCUGGUUGUGCAGGCCCUGUUGAAGAAAUGCAGCUGUCCACUGAAAAUCUGCUGUGUGGCAUUCAGAUCUGACAACCUGACCUUGCAGAAAUUCUUCUAUAUCAUAAAGCUCACUGAUCCCUCCUUGUUGCGCAAACUGGAAAUAGUUCAUAAUGUUCACUUGGAAAUGGAACACUUGGAAAUGCUCUUCAACUGUAUCCACUUCCCUCUACUGAUGUCCUUGACCUUGCCAGCACGAACAUUUAAUGUGCGGAGGUUCACAGCUACGGACGAACAGACGCUUACUAAAAUUGGUGAGAAAAUGGGUGAAAUGAUGCAGCUUACUGAGCUGAGUAUGUCAUUUUCUAUACUCACUGGAAGAAUACAGAAACUUCUCAGCCCACUAAAAACUCCACUGAAGAAGCUGGAUGUUUCUAACUGCUCCUUGAACCAUGCUGAUAUGGCCUUUUUAGCCAAUAGCUUCCAUGCCAAUCACUUGGAAGCCCUGGACCUGAGUGGUCACGAUAUACCUGAGCUUUACCCAUCAACAUUCUUUAAGCUCCUCAGCCGUUGCUCUUCAGUGCUCAGGAGUCUUACUCUGGAGGACUGUAAUAUCCAAGACACUCAUGUCAACAUGUUGGUUUUAGGUUUAAGCCCUUGUCAGAAACUACAGGAGUUUAAGUUUAUUGGAAACCCACUGUCAUCCCAAGCACUUAAACACCUUUUCACAUUUCUCUGUGAAUUGCCAAUGCUGAAAAAUGUGGAGUUCCCCGUUCCAAGGGAUUGCUACCCUAUUGGCAUCACCUACCCCAUUGAUGAUGCCAGUGUUUGCAGAUUUGAUCACCAAAAAUAUGAAGGAGUAGCAGAGGAGCUUAAUCUUAUUUUACUCCAAGCAAAUAGAGACGAUGUGAAGGCUUCAACACCACUCUUUGGGAGUUAUGAUGCAGCUGUUCAGGAGACAAACAAUGAACUGGGAGCUUACUUGAUCAAGUCCUUCAAAGAGACUUUAGAGAAGUUCACUUCUUCAUUUAACAAAAUUAAUUAAAUUUGUAAAAUUGUGAAGUAGUGAUGAGAUGAUCUGCAAAUCAGAACUUAAAUUAGUCUUUUCUAGAUCUUCACCUCCAAUCAUCAGUUGUGAAUUUCCUUUAAUUUUUCAGCUGAAUUUACUAUUAUUUGAAUAGCCUCGAAUCACCUGAGGUACUGUAACUUAUGCUAUAUCUGUUGCAUACACCUUACACAAGCACUACUUCCCACACAUAGAGAGUACUUUAAUUGGGGCCUGAGUGGUAAACAAGUGCUACUCAGCUUCUCACCUGUAAAACUAGAGACUUGGUUAGCUUCUAGGUAAUUAAAAAAAUAAAUAUAAUAAUAUUAAAAAUAUAUAUAAUAAAUAUACUUUAAUAGUUUAUGAAAACUUGUUCAAACAGGACUGAAAGUGAAUGUUUGUAGCAGGAGCUGAAGGUGUCACUGUAGUAUUGAGGAUAAUCAUUAAGAUAACCAGGACAGUUUAUUUGAAAUAAUACUGAGCCUCAUCAUCUGAGGGUAAGGAAAACACUUUCUUCAUUUAAGCAGUGCUGAUUUGUCUAGCUUUCUUUUUAUCUACAGUAGGAAUAUGCAAACAACUCUUAACCUAAUUUAUUUUAAAAAUUCCCCAAACAAACCAAAAAUUAAUGGACCGAGUACUAAGCAGAACUUAGAGGUUCCACAGCAUGCAUUUAAAUGAUUUUUUGAUGUCAGCUCACAUUCUAAUGUGUUUUAUUGAUUGAACAUAUGAUGGUAAAUGGUGAAUGGUGAAUGGUCAUGACCUGUUUAUGUUUACAGAGCACUUGAGAAAUAAAAAGGUAAUCUAAAUUGCUAAACUAAGGAGUUGUGAAUAGUAAAUGACAGAAUUGGGUCCCAUAUGACCGUACUUAUACUUUGACAGAAUUCCACAUGCUCCUUUAUCCUUACCUCUACUGUACCUUUUCUUCCCUCCAACCUCACCAUUCUUUCCAUCUCAUGACUUCUCAGUCAGAUUUAAGUUACUUGAAUUUUGCUAUGCCAAAAGUCUACUUCUUUGGGAUAAGUAGUGGUGUUUUUGUUGGGAAAGGACCCUGUACUAUAGCUGUAAAAGAGUAGUGAUUCUUCCCCCCUCCGAUCUACAGGCUGUACCUGGAGGUGAAGGCUGGCCAUUUUGGAACAUGCUGUGGUACAACAGUCGGUCCUUGCCUUUUUUGGUUCUCACAAAAUAGACAGCUCUUAUUUCAGAAUAAUUAGAUGUCUUAUAAAGUCUGCUGUCUGUGUAGCUCUCCUUCUGGUUUCUUCUUGCCGUGCUUCACCCCUUUACUUUAUUUCCUCCUUUUUCUGAACCCACAAACUCCUGCCUUUCUUCCAUUUUCUAUAUGGAAGAAAUCUUCAUGUCUAUAUGCUGGCUCCUGGGCCAGCAGAAGCAUGUAGCUUUUGUUUUGGUGCAAAGUGACGAUCAUCACUAUGACUAUUUUAGAGCUUUAGCUCUGAGAUAUGGCACCUUCUUUUCUUUAGUUUCUUUCUUAAUUAUGGUCGCUCUCAUUGGUUUUAAAUACAGGUCAACCUUUAACAUUUUGAUGUUUGCCUGACUUACUGCAACAAGGGUUCCUGCAUGUCUUCUGCCCCAGUAGUGUGAUUUUGGUUUGGACCUGCUCUUUCUUCUUCCAUGUGUGUGGGACUUGGAACACAGCUGUUAUAGAAGAAGGAUUAAUGCUACAAUACUUAGCUAUAUAAAGUUACCUUACACUUUGCAAGUACAGACAGAUACUGAUUGAGUCCUGUUUGGUGUUCCCUUUUCUUCCUUAUGGGACUAUUGUCAGCUUCACUGGGUUCAGACUGGAGUGGAUCCAAAUUAAUUUAUACUGAAUAUCCAGAAAGCUCUCUGAAAUCUUAACUACACACCACCUUGAGAGGAGACAGUCUUCUAAGCUCCAGUUAAGGCUGCCCAGACAGAGACAGGGCAGGAGUUACCACAACACUGAAACCACACAGCUGUCAAUGGAAAGAAGAUGUCUGAUGUGUUGUGAAUGGAGAUGAAUUCAAUUCCCUCCUACCACAUCUGCUCAUUAUGUUCCUUUAAGUGUCUGAAGCAGAAUACUCAAAGUCACUUCAGGUUUCUUUGUGAAAGACACAGAAGAGAUGCAGAUGUAAAAAAACCCUGAAAAUCAAAACCAUUCCCAUCAUAUUCAAAUGAAUGUUCUAAACACAAAAUGCAAUGAUGAAUAUCACAGCUAAAGGCUGAAUUUUUAGUUCCAAUGAAAAGAGACUGCUAUUUUUUUUAUUUUAUUCACCAUACUUUAUUCAGUACCAUGUUUUAUUUACUAUAUUGUAAUUUUUUAUUCAUUAGCAUAUUUUAAUUUCAUUUGCUGGGACAUGUUUUGUUCAGCAGCAAUCGCUUGCAAAUCUUUCUCUUUUGCAGGGUAAGGAUUGCCAGAAGAGCUUUCUGCUGCUGAAAUUGCUGAACUCCCCUAUUCAGUAACUGUACUGAAUUCAGUGAAAUACCUAGUACAUAGGAAAUAAAUAUUCUCCUUUGACAAAAUUCAUGAAACUGAAGAACAGGCAAAAAAUCUUUAUAAAUGACCUUUGCUACAUCUGAUCUCUUCAUAAUUUAAGUCAUAUUAUGUUUUGACCACACACAGUGUAGUUGAAAGAAGCAACAGGAAGAAAGAUGACAGUAAGAUUUUUACUGUGGAAGAAGCAGCACAGCAGCUCUGUACUUGGAGACAGCUAUCUCAACAACAUAAAAGCCUAUCAACAGAAAAAAGGCAAAUAAACACUACUGUUGCAGGGAAAGUUGUCAUACAUGAAACUGAAGCAAGUUUCCCAAUAUAAUCCUACACCUUUUAAAUUAAUAUUCUUAAACUCAAAAGUUAUGGACUACAGGUCAAUUCUUCCGAACACAUACGACCUUUGCUUACAAAGCUCCUCUUUCUCUCCUUAAAAUAUGCAUCAGUCAACAGCAGAGCAGGACUGUAUGAACUACCUUGCAAAGAAACAAGGAAGGAACAUAGUACCUAAUGCUCUCCACGUACUGCCUUCAAGUAAAAGUACCCUGUGUGAAAAUUAUUGUGUCUAGGAUAAUAAUUUAUGAUGUAAAUUUAACACCUGUUUCAAUGAAUGUGUGGCCAGAGAUUCAAAGCUGCCUCUGGUUAAUCCUAAAAGCAGCAACUGUAAUCAUUAUUUUGUAGGGAUUUUUAAAAUAGUCUUAUACCUAGACAAAGAAGCUUUACUUUUGAAGAAAACACAUUGACUGUGACUGAUGAUUGCAUUAUUUUUAAAUGUCUUUAAAUUGCAUCCAGCAUAACCUUCUCUAUCAUUCUUUCAAGUACUAAGGUUAAAGAUAUUUUGCUGUCUAAGGUACAGCUGCAUUGAUAUUUCUUCAUUUUACCCAAGAAAUUUUUACAAAAUAAUCCUAAAGAUAGUUUUAAUCUCAAGUAGAAUAUGCAAACUAAAUGCAGCAGAGGAUCACAGGAUUUUAAGGGGAACACAACUUGUCUGUCCAGAAAAAGAAAAAUUAUUUCUCUCUGUGGAAGAUGAUCAACUCUCCACCUUGUUCUCAACUUUAAAGUAUUUUAAAUUCCAGAACUGAGAAUAUUCAAACAUCUAAAACACAUAUCUGUUCUGGUAAUUCAUAAUGAAGAUGGAGGUAAUUUUUUUCCUUCUCAAUCUUUCAGUCAGAAGUGAUUUUUUUUGUUCCUAUUGCCUCUGCCGUGAACUGUGGGAAAUCAUGCACUGAGCUGUUGCUUUUUCCUUUGCCAUGCUUUUCUUCACGGUGCUGAAGGUUUCUCUUCAUCUCAGAGCCACCAUACAACAUUGGUUUUACUUGUUAGAGUUUUAUUUGUUUGCUGUAGAAGGUUUUACAAACUGAAAGACAACCUUGGCUAUGCUUCAUAUUAGUUUACUUUUUAUUUUGAGCGCCAGCUAACAUGCUCCUAAUGAAGCAGGACUAUAAGCUUCAUUAAUGCUUAAUAAAAGUUGUAUUUCUUUCUGUU